GUAGCUAUCAGUGUAGUUGGUCUUCUUUUCAUUGGGAAGUUGCUGGAACCGAUAUGGGGAGCGAAGGAAUUCUUCAAGUUCAUUGUUGUUGUCAACUUCUUAAUUUCGAUCUGCAUUUUUGUCACUGCUAUUUCGUUAUACUACAUUACAACACAGGAGAGCUACCUCUAUACACCUGUUUCUGGUUUCCAUGGGAUCCUUUCAGGUUUCUUGGUAGGAAUCAAGCAACUUAUGCCAGAUCAUGAGCUGAGUCUUUUCCUGUUGAAGAUAAGAGUAAAGUGGAUUCCUACUCUCCUUGCAGUGGUUUCUGUAGCUGUGAGCUUCUUUGUACCAGUGUCUGCUUCUUACCUUCCAACUGUACUAUUUGGCAUCUAUAUGGGUUGGCUUUACUUGCGCUAUUUUCAGAAAAGGCCUGAAACUGGCCUUAAAGGUGAUCCAAGUGACGAGUUUUCCUUUUCCAGCUUCUUCCCUCAAUUUAUGCGCCCAAUUCUUGAUCCAAUUGCUUCAUUGUUUGACAAAAUGUUAUGCGGAAAAAGAUUGCAUACUUUGAGCGAAUCUAGCGGAUUGGUGCUAGGCGGAAAUCUAUUACCUGGAUCUGAUCCUAUCGAUGCAUCAAGGAGGAGAGAACGAGGGGCAAGAGCAUUGGAACAGAGGCUGGAAGCUGAGAAACUUGCUGCUGCUGAUGGGAAAAAGGAUGGUGAAUCCCACGGAGAUGCUUCAGAAAGUGUUUAGGAAUUAUAGCUAGCUUACUGCAAAGCCUUUUUUCACAGUUGGGGAGAGGAUAUCAGAAUGUGAUGAAUGAAAUGAAUGUUUGUUAUUUUAUUUAUUUUUAACUUUCCCCAUCUGAAUGCCUUGUCAUCAUUCUCUUUUACUGUUUUUCACCCUCCACAUUUGAGUGAACCCAUCAUUAUACCACCACUUUGUGAUAAUAUUUUGAAGCUCGAUAGAAGCAACUGGGUUUUUUGGCUAUCAA